GUUAAGGUCACCUUAACAUUCAGCUUCUACUAAAGCUUCCUGAUCAUCGUUUGAUGGCGUGGGUUCGAAUCCCACUCUUGUCAUUAUGUUUUUUAGUCCCUAUCCACAUCUCACUAAACAACACCACUGUGUGUGUACGACUGUUGACUUAGAUGUCUCCCGGCAUCACUCCUUGCUCUCAAGACGGGAAGAAGAAAAAAACUAGAAUAGAAUCUCAAUACAUCAGGACCAACCUAUGCACACGCAGUGCAGUAUUUGCAGCCGAGCCAAACCUCCACCCCUCCUAUUUCAACAGCCAACCAACAAACCAACCAACCAACCAACCAACCAACCAACCAACCAACACACACAGCCCCAGCACCAGUUCAUCAUCCAGAUGUCGCAACCCAACAGGAAGUAAGCUUACUUAUUCGCACGUACCAACCAUGCACAUCAACCAUCACCAUUAUUAUCCUCAUCAACAGCAACAACACCAGCAAGUCAUACAGUAGACCACCCAGAAUUUUACAGAUCCCAGUCCCUUCCGUCCACGAAUAUCCAAUGAACUGCCGACCGCCCAUGUAUUAGCAGUACUUAGCAGAAAAAACCACCAAGUUAUCUGAUUUGGAGUCACACCG